CGUAGCCAACCACUGAGACUGGAAUUUGUGAGAAAAAAAAUGGAAAAGCUUUGAGCCGCGUACGACGCUGCUACCGUACGGAAGCCCGGGAGGGGACGCCGGGAGAAACCGAAGCGGGGAAACUGAAACCGGUCGUGGGACACAAUGGCGGCGGGGCCUGGUGUUGCUAUGCAGAGCGGCAGCCCUGCGAGAGAACUUCCUAUCUCGGUUCAGCAAGGAGGGAAUCAUGUCCAUGGUGAUCGGAUCAAAUCCGAAGAGGUAACAGAGUCAGAGAAGCAGAGUCGGAUGGCUGCUUUGCUGGAGAAGCUUCAUGCCAAACACAAUGCGUCACGGCCAUGGCAGGAGACCUGCAAGGUUGUGCGUCAGGCCAUGGAGAAACGCAGUGUGAUGAAUGCUGCAGGUCACCAGCUCGUGCUCACCUGCUUGGAGACCCUGCAGAGAGCGCUGAAAGUUUCAUCUCUACCCUCGAUGACCGAUCGUUUAGAAUCCAUCGCUCGGCAAAACUUGCUUGGCUCUCACCUCAGCCCAUCAGGGACAGAGUGUUACAUCACAUCAGACAUGUUUUAUGUGGAGGUGCAGCUGGACACCAAUGGCCAGCUAGUGGAUGUGAAAGUGGCUCAUCAGGGAGAAAACCCCACGAGCUGUCCGGAGCUGAUUCAGCAUCUAAGGGAGAAGAACUUUGAAGAGUUUUCCAAACAUCUGAAGGGACUCGUUGAACUUUACAAACUCCCUGGGGACAAUAAACUGAAAACCAAGAUGUAUAUAGCACUACAGAGUUUGGAGCUUGAUCUCACCAAGAUGAUGCACAUGUUUAGGUUAGCUACCAAUGCUAAUGCAGUAGAGACCAUUCUUCAUGGCGGCGUUGGCCUGCUAACAGCCAGAAGUGGUGGCCAUCUUGUUUCUCUCCAGUGUUACGUGUCCCCUUAUGACCUGUUUGAUGAGGGACUGAGCACACAGCUCAACAUACCGGACGGCAAUAUUCCACGUUCUCUGGGAGUCAGUGUUUUUGUGACAAUUGAGGGAACCUCAGCCGUUUACAAGCUGCCAAUCACCCCACUCAUCACUGGAUCCCACCCAGUUGACAACAAGGGAACACCUUCUUUUUCCACUGUGACCAACUCCAACUGUGUGGACCUGCCUGCUUGUUUUUUCCUGAAGAUGAACCGCCCCAUGCCGUUCUCUCGGUCCUUUAUUCAGAGGCUUGGAAAUGCUACUUCAAUCCCAGUGUUUGAGAGCCCCCCCAGCCUCUCGCCUCUCUACCAGUUAAUUGUCCACAGCCAACACCAGCUCUCGAAGGAGGGCAGCACCGCGCCGCUGCCCUCGCACAACAUGCACUUCUACUCUGUGUUGCCCGAUCAGCAGCACUGUUACUUCCUGAACGGUGACGCCCCGGUGCAAGACGGCCGGUGUCUUCAAGGAGCGCUGGUGUCCAAGAUCCCCUUCCGCCACCCAGGACAAGUGCCACUCUUGUUGGAUAUAAUCCGGCACCAGGCAGCCUAUAACAACUUGGUUGGCAGCUGUGUGAAACGGACUUCCAUCAAGGAAGACAGUGCCGGCCUGCUGCAGUUUGAAGUGUGUCCGCUGACUGACUCAAGUUUCAGCGUCUCGUUCCAGCAUCCAGUCAAUGAGUCAUUAGUUUGUGUGGUGAUGGAGGUGAUUGACUCCAGACAAGUAUCCUGCAAGCUGUACAAAGGGCUGUCAGAUGCUCUGAUCUGCACUGAUGAAUUCAUCACCAAAGUGGUUCAACGGUGCAUGUCCAUCCCUGUAAGCAUGCGGGCCAUUCGGAGGAAAGCAGAGACCAUCCAGGCCGACACUCCAGCCCUCUCAUUAAUUGCACAAACUGUCGAGAUCAUGGUGAAGAAUAACCUGCCCCCCUCCAGUAGUCCCACCUACAACAUGGCAGUAGGCGACGGAACUAAUCCCAUGGGUCUGCCCGGGCUCGCAGGUGGCAACACACCCACUGGAGCAGGACUCCCUGGGGGACCUAAUUUUGGGGGUCCAAUUAAUUCUCUUUUUGGGGUUUCUCGGACAGACAGGCAAGCCUCGGGAGGAGAGUGCCUGACCCAAGGGGGGGCUGGCCAGCAACAGUCGCAGCAGCCCGGCCAAGGCCAUGCAGACGACUUCAACAAAGUCACACAGAAUCCCAUACUAACCAGUUUAUUACAGAUAACCGGAAAUGUGGGCUCGAGCCCCAGCUCUCAGAAUGCACCACAACCCCACCAAACUCCACCCCCAACCUCCUCCCCUGCCAGCAACACCAAAAAUCAUCCUAUGUUGAUGAACCUGUUGAAGGACAACCCCACGCAAGAUUUUGCCACUCUGUAUGCUUCUAGUCCUUUGGAGAGGCCGAACUCUUCAUCCGGCUCCCCGCGGACUGAAAGCAUGGGUGGAAGCUGCCCUGGGAGUGGCACAAAGGGGAAGAAGAAGCGCCCCCGUGUGGUAGAAAAGGGUAGCAUCACGCCUGGAACUGCCCCGGGUGGCGGAGUUGGUGGUUUAGGCAUGAAAGGAUCUUCGAUGCCACCGCAUCACCCGCACCAUCCGGUCUCGCACGAGGAUGACUUCCACCGCGAGCUCCUCUCCAUGGAUGUGGACGCAUCUCAGAACUCCAUCUUUGACGUUAACCUCACCGGUGAUGGCCUCGACACGCCCCACAGCAUCACUCCGGCGCCGAGCCAAUGUGGAACUCCGCCCUCUGGCCCCAACAUGCCUUACUCGCAGUCUCACGUCCAGGCUCAGCAGCAGCAGCAGCAGCAGCAGCAGGCACCAGGUGCCGUACCGCCUCGUAUGGUCCGCCUCUCCAGCUCUGACAGCAUCGGGCCUGACAUCACAGAAAUCUUGUCAGAUUUGCCUGAGCAGACCGGCAAAGUCAGUGGUGGGAGCCAUGGGCAGCACCCAUUGGGCAACGGCGGGGAGGACGGAGGCCCCCUCGGGACCCCGAUCCGCGACUCCUCCAGCUCAGGUCAGGGCAGCGCCGUGUUUGACUCCGCGGACAUCUUCAACACCAACAGCAACGAGAAUCCCUUCACCGAUGCCGCUGACCUGAUUGCCGAGGCGACCGCGACCGCUGCCACGCCAACCAGCGACUCCUCCUCCACCAACUUCUUCCCCGAUGCUGCCGACUUCAACCCCGACCUUUUGAACUCAGGCCACGGCUUCUCCCAGAACUACUUUGAUGACAGCUCUCCAAGCGCGGAUGGUGACAUGGACCUGGUGAAGGGUUUUGGGGGAAGUAGCCAGCAAAAUACCCCAUCGGGAACGCCUCAGAAUCCCACUCCCCAUGGGCAGAGGACCCCAGAGCCAUCAAUAAAGGACCCUUUUGAUAUGGGGAUUGUUUUCGGAGGCAACAGUGGUGGCGGCAAACCGCUCCUGGGGCAUGCUCCCGAUUUGGGCGACGCACGCGGCGGCGGGUCCCAGAGCCCCCUCAUUAUGGGCCUUGCGACAGCGUGUGCUGAAUUUAAAAGUGUUGAGCCCAAAAUGAAACAGGUACUCAUGCGACCAAAAGAUGAAAAUGGGGCCAGUGGGGGCAGCAGCUCGGUCAUGGGAAGCAGUUCAACGGAGGGAAAACAGGUCAAACGUAGCAGGACUCCGUCGAGUGAGGGGAAGGCCAAAGAAAAGCCGGCCAAACGCAAAAAGCUGGACACGGAUGGGAAGUCCCCCUCACACAGCUCGGGGGGGCGCCCGUACACGCCCCCCAGCGGUGGUUCAGGCUCUGGGGGAAGUAUAAGUGGAGGAGGCUCCAAGUCUCCAGGUAGCUCUGGACGAUCGCAAACUCCUCCCGGCGGCGCCACACCUCCGAUUCCCAAAAUCACCAUUCAGAUCGCCAAAGGCACCAUAACGGGGGGGAAAACGUCAUCCCAUAGUGGCUACACGUCCAGCAGCUCCGCCACGAGCAGCACAGGCGGAGCGGGUGGAACCGGCGGUAGUAAAAGCCAUCACUCUCACUCGUCCUCAUCCGGAAAGAUCAAGUCCAAAGAAGGCUCCGGGACACAAGGCAACAGCUCCAAGCCAGGCUCCACGGGAAUGGGAGGUGGAGGCGGGUCAUCCCAGUCCAAAGGCUCCUCUCAAGGAAUGGGUGUCGGCAAACCAGGAUCCUCCCCAAUCACCAAACAUGGGCUGGCUGGGCCGGGAGGUAGUGGUAGUGGAAUUGGGAGUGGUAGUAAAAUGAAGCCUCAGGGGGGUAAGCCUCCUGGGUCCCUAAUGAAUCCCAACAUGAAGCCCAACAUCUCCCCUUCUCACUCCCGCUCCAGUAACUCUGGGGACAAAUUGUCCUCCCCUAUGAAAAUGCAGCAAUCCCAGGUUCCAGGAACGCCGCCCUCUUCCAAGGCCAAAUCGCCAAUGGGCUCGGGAGGUGGUGGCUCCGGAGGGUCCAAGUCUUCUGGGGGAGGCUCCCAGAAGCCAAUGGGCGGGAGCUCUUCUGGUUCCACAUCCUCCUCGUCAAGUUCAUCUGGUUCCAUGGCCUUCUCGGGAGGCUCCCAAGCUCAGUACGGUGGAAGUGGUGCUGGUGGUGGUGGUAGUGGAGGAGGAGGCGGCGGCGGAGGAGGAGGAGGAGGGGGGCCAGGUGGAGGAAGUGGAAAUGUAGGUGGUGGUGGAGGAGGAGGAGGAUGCAGCAGUGGUGGCGGUGGUGGCGGCGGGGCUGGUCAAAACAAUGCAAACAACCCCAACGCCAAAGGGAAGUCUCCCAGUCGAAACAAGAAGCCCUCCCUCACGGCGGUCAUAGACAAACUGAAGAGUGUGGGUGGAGGGGGGGUGGGGGAGGACGGUUGCGAGGUAGGGCCACCAGCAGGGGGAACCGCUUCGGGAUCCGCUCCUGGAGGUGGCGGAGGUGGCGGCGGCGGUCAUGGAAAUGUUCCCAGCGGUGGACCUCCAAACGUGGGCCCUUCGAAGCACGGCUCCUCGUCCCAAAGUGGGGAUUACAAGCGAGAAAGGUCGGAUAAAGAGGCCAAAGCCAAAGUGUCUGUUUCCGGCGGGAACAGUGGGGACAAAAAGCUGUUGGAGCCCAAAACAGGAGGGGGGAGCGCAACGGGCUUGGCCAAAAUCAUCAUUAGCAAACCCGACGGGGGCUCACCAACCAUCAAGGCCAAAGUGACUCUUCAGAAAACCGGGGAAGGGUCCAGUGACUCCAUGCGUCCACAGAUCUCCAGCCUCAAAGCCUCCCCCCUCUUCAGCGGGUCCACGCCCAAGCACGACCGCUCCUCGCCGAGCCACAGCCGCUCGCCGGGAUACACGCCGCUCAACCACGACAGCGAGAGCGAGUCGGGCAGCAGCUCGGUGGCCGAGAAGUCGCACCAGAACAGCCCGAGCUCCGACGACGACCAGGCGGCGCGCCCGCUCCCCCACCAGGACUACGUGAGCUCCGUCCCGCUGGGCUCGGGGGAGAAGCACAAGAAGCACAAGAAGGAGAAGAAGAAGAUGAGGGAGCGGGACAGAGAGCGGGAACGUGAGAGGGAGAAGGAGAAGAAGAAGUCGUCGUCCUCCUCCUCCUCCUCCUCGAUGUCAAUGGGGCCGUUGUCUCAUCCGAUAAAAGCAGACAGUUGGUCCCGGUCGCCCAUCUCGGCUUCAGAGUCCUCCCUGUCCAUGUUGGGUGCGGAGCGUCCGUCCCGGCCCAGUCCAAUGUACAUGAGGAAUGAAGACGAUGACCUCAUGGACUCAGCACUCACCGGCAACCUUUAAUUCUUUUUUUAUCUUAUUUUAUUUUUUUUCCCCCCACGUUUUAAACACGUGCCUUUUAACAUAAAAAUCAAACCUCUAUUUAUUAAACUCAAGCCGAGCAUUGGAACCAGACCCGAUGAUCGUUCUCCAGUUGAAGUUGUAUUUUAGCGGCAUAUUUUACUGUUUCAGUAUCAGUGUAUCAUAUCUGGUGGGAUGCCAGUUUUAGAUGAAAGUGAUUAUUCACAUACAAAAAUUCAAACUUCCUUGAGGAAAUGGCAUGAACAGUAUAUUUUCAGAGAAAUCAACAUAUUUUUUUUUCUUUCCUGCGUUGUUUUGCUGAUCCUAAAUCUAUUUUGCCUUUAGUCCAUAAGUCAUUGUUACAUACAAACAGAUGCCACUAAAUAAGUAUGAAUCCUGAAUAAGUAUUGUAAAGCAAGAAAGAAACUGCGUUCCGUUGCCCUGGUCAUUUUUAGAUUUUGAUACAUUUUAAACAGAUGUGUAAAUUAGUGUAGAGGAAGAAGACCGCAAUGGAUGGUGUUUGAUGACGAUUGCAAGCUGGUCUUUUUUUUCUUUCUUUUUUUUUUUCUUUCUUUUUUUUCACCCUUAAGUUUUGGAAGUUUGAAAUAAACUUUCACUUCCUGAAAGAAGUCUGAUUUGAUUUCAUGUGACCAUAUGUAGUCCGAGUAACACAUCUAUUUAUCCACAUUUAUUUAAAUUCACAGCAAAAUGUAGAUUUCAUUAU